UUAACUAUUUUACUCUUUCAUUGUUAUAAUCCUUUUGUCACGCACUAGUAGGUAAAAAGAACAAUAUAUGUUCCUAUGAAGUAAUCAAUUGAAUAAGAGGAAAAUAUAGUAGAGUUAUUUUUAGAUGUUUUUUAAUUUUGUAACAACCCGCCAUUUUGAAAUAGAACCAUUCUUGCCAUCUAACGAUGAUCUAAGAAACUAAUACAACAGAAAAUUUGUUCUUUUUUCUUAAAUAAAUUUAAUUUAUUGUAAAAUUAGUGUGUAAUGUGUUGCCUAAAUUGUAGUGUACUGAAAAUAUUUCAAGUAAUAUUGUAAUGUUAUCCUAUGUUGAUAACACAGGAAGUAUACAUUUUUGAAACUGUAGUUUAAUUAGUUCUUCUUUUUAUUGCCAGAUGGCUUUACCUAGAGAAAGAAUCUUUGCACUUGGUUGUAUUAUAUAUUUCUUCACUCUUCAGAAGAUGCUUAAAUGUCAUGAACCAGUAUCAGCAUUUGCUGUGUAUGCUACGAAACGUAAAAAUGUAGAACUAUCUACGAAAUCAAAAAAGUUCAAAGGAAGGCAUGUUUCCCCUGUGAAGAAGGUAGUUUCAAAGAAUAAUUCUAAACUUGAAUUACAAGGGAAAACAAGGCAAGCAGCUGUAAACAAAACUGUUCAACAAACAAAAAUUUCUGGGAAUAAAAUUCAAAAAGCAAAUAAAAAGAAUAACAUAAUAUCCAAGAAAACUAGUUCUUCUAUUACUUCUACAAAAAAUAAAGUUAUUCAAAAACCAAUAGUCAGUAGGAAAAAUAAUAAGAUAAUGGAAACCAAUUUAAAGCUAAAGGAACCAAAAAAGAAAUUAAAAAACUCCCUUUUAACAAUAAAUAAGGGUGUUGCAAAAAUGAAACAAGUUACAAAAAAACAAAAUAAAAGUAGAAAGAUAAUAAAAAAGGAUGAACAACAGAAUAUUUACACAAGAAGUAAAGCAUGUGAAGAAAGCCACGAGAAUCCUUUAAAUACCAGUCACUCUAUGUUUGAAUGGUUAAUACAUCCUAUGAAAGUGGAAGAUUUCUUUCAAAACAAUUGGGAAAAGACACCUGUUCAUAUCAAAAGAAAUUUCCCAAAUUAUUACAAGUUACUUAUGUCCACUCCAAUGUUGGAUAAAAUAUUAAGAGAAUCCUAUAUAAUGUUUACCAAAAAUAUUGAUAUUACUUCAUAUGAAAAUGGUGUGAGAGAAACACAUAAUCCUGCUGGUCGUGCAGUCCCAAGUGUUGUUUGGGACUAUUAUAUGAAUGGGUGCUCUGUCAGAAUGUUGAAUCCACAAACAUAUAUAUCAAAGUUACAUUCACUAAAUGCUACGCUUCAAGAAUUUUUUGGUUGUUUCGUUGGUGCAAAUUCUUAUUUAACACCUCCCAAUAGUCAAGGAUUUGCACCUCAUUACGAUGACAUUGAAGCUUUCAUAUUACAAGUUGAAGGAAAAAAGAGAUGGAGAUUAUAUAAACCACGAAAUGAAAGCGAAUACUUGCCAAGGUAUUCUUCAGAAAACUUUUCGGAAGCUGAAAUUGGUGAACCAAUAUUGGAUACGAUUGUAAAUGCCGGAGAUUUACUGUAUUUUCCGCGAGGAACAAUUCAUCAGGGUGAAACCUUGGAUGACACACAUAGUCUUCACAUUACAUUAAGUGUAUAUCAGAAAAAUAGUUGGGGUGACUAUUUAGAGAAAUUACUUCCUGAAGCACUAAAUACUGCUAUAAGAACUGAUAGUGAAUUUCGAAAAGGAUUACCGCUUGAUUAUUUGAGACACAAUGGUCAUGUAUAUUCUGAGAGUCAGAGUAAUGGCAGAGAAGAAUUCAAAGCAAAAGUAAAAGAUUUAUUUACCAAACUAAUAGAACAUAUUGACAUAGACAAAGCUGCAGAUAUGAUGGCUAAAAAUCAUGUGUAUGAUUUCUUACCACCUGUUCUGUCAGAAAGUGAACAAGAAUGUUCCGUUGUUCAAGAUGGUGAACAGAUGGUUGCAAACGGAAUUGUUAAGAAUAGGGUAGAAAUUGAACCAGAUACGAGAGUACGAUUAUUGAGGUCUCAUUGUAUAAGAUUGAUUCAAGAAGAUGAAGCAUACAGAAUAUACUAUUCCACAGAAAAUUCCAAGGAAUAUCAUGAAUACGAACCGCAAUUUUUAGAAGUCGGCGAUGAAUUUGUGCCCGCAAUACGAGAAAUAAUAUUGCGGUAUCCUGAAUUUGUACGCGUGGAAGAUUUGCCAAUCGAUGGUGAUCAUAAUAAGAGCUGUACGUGACGCUUCCGCCCAUGAGGGCUCUUGGCAAAACACGCGAGCAAGGAGGAAAAAAAGGAAAAGAAAUAAGAGAGGGAAGAAAACGUGGGUCGUGGAGAGGGAGGCGAAGCAAGAGAAGAAUGACGAUGACAAAGAGGGUCGAAAAGCAGAAACGGGAACCGGGGAUCUAGAGAUCGAAUUCUUACUUUCGAUCGUUAACUUGCCGUAUGAUUAGUUUGUCAGGUGCGUCGGAAGUGGCUAUUAACUGCAGUAGUAUUAAGAUCGUUAAAGAAAGUCGGGUGAGUAUUUUAUGUUCAAGUAACUAUUAACUGCAAUAGUAUUAAAAUCGUUAAAGAGAGUCGUGUGACUAUUUUAUGUUCAAGUAACUAUUAACUGCAGUAGUAUUAAAAUCGUUAAAGAAAGUCGUGUGACUAUUUUAUGUUCAAGUAACUAUUAACUGCAGUAGUAUUAAAAUCGUUAAAGAAAGUCGUGUGACUAUUUUAUAUUCAAUGGACUAUACAAAUUGGACUUGAACUUCAAAUUGAAUUGUAUUAUAUAUUCAAGCAAGAUUUGUCGUAUUUGAACCGUAAGUGCGUCACGAGUCUGAUUAGUUAAAAUAUUGUAAGGACAGUAUGGAAACUUAAGAUGGUAUGGACACUUUAAAUUUGGCGCCUUAUUUCGAUGUGAUUGUAGGGUUCAUUGCAAAUUAAUAUUAGGUGGUGUAACUUAUUUAAGAUUUAAGAAACCUAGCUUAGGUCUUUAUUAUUUAAAAUCACUGGACUGAUCUUGUGGAUGUAGAGAUUGAAUCAUUGUUCGUAAUUGUUAAGAAAAAACGGAGUAUAGGAUAGUUCGAAUUUACCGCCGUAAAUAUGGUUUGAUGUAAUGACAGUCUUGUUCGCGAAUUAAUUGAUAUAAUUAACUUGCGACUUCAAAAAGAAAUACAGUUCGGUUUUUACUAUGUAACAGUACAGAAUGCAUUGAUGAUGUAAAUCCAGAGAUUGAAUUACUUUCCUAAUUGUUAGGGAAGACCGAAGCAUAGUAGAACAAUUCAAAUUUGCCGCCUUAAAUAUGUCUCGAUGUAAUGGCCGCGGAGUCUUCAUGUAUGUACUUACAAAUGAAUGUCGACUAAUUAGUUUGCGAAUUAAGAAAUAUAGUUUGGGUUUUUAUUAUUGAAAUUAUGUCCUGAUAAUGUGAUCACCCCUUCAUGUAAAUAAAAGUAUUAAGUAACUAA